GUAAAGCUGAAGGACGUGGAUGAAGGGACACUAGCUUCAGGGAGCAGUGAGUCUGUCACAGCACCCCUAAUCACUAACCCCGUCAAAGUGGACAACAUCACAACAAACAUGACCACGACUCCAGUUGACCUCCAGUCAGGCUUUGCCCCGGCACCAUGCAUAUUACCCCCAGGCUUUGCCACUGCAUCCUGCAUCCCACCACCGGGCUUUGCCCCAGCAUCCUGCACCCUACCACCAGUCUUUGCCCUGGCAUCAUGCCCACUCCCAGCAGGCUUUUCCCCGGCAUCAUGUCCCCCACCACCAGGCUUUGCCCCUCUAUCCUUCCCCCCACCACCAGGCUUUGCCCCUCUAUCCUGCACCCCACCACCAGGAUUUUCCCAGGCAUCAUGCCCCCCAACACCAGGCCUUGCCCCUCUAUCAUGCCCCCCACCACCAGGCUUUGCCCAUCUAUCCUGCCCCCCACCACCAGGCUUUGCCCAGGCAUCCUGCCAGCCACCACCAGGCUUUGCCCUUGCAUCCUGCACCCUACCACCAGUCUUUGCCCCGGCAUCAUGCCCACUCCCAGCAGGCUUUUCCCCGGCAUCAUGUCCCCCACCACCAGGCUUUGCCCCUCUAUCAUGCCCCCCACCACCAGGCUUUGCCCCUCUAUCAUGCCCCCCACCACCAUUCUUUGCCCCUCUAUCAUGCCCCCCACCACCAGGCUUUGCCCUUCUAUCCUUCCCCCCACCACCAGGCUUUGCCCCUCUAUCCUGCCCCCCACCACCAGGAUUUUCCCAGGCAUCAUGCCCCCCAACACCAGGCCUUGCCCCUCUAUCAUGCCCCCCACCACCAGGCUUUGCCCCGGGAAAGUGCCCCCCACCACCAGGCUUUGCCCAGGCAUUGCUCCCCCACCACCAGGCUUUGCCCAGGCAUCCUGCCCCCCACGAUCAGGCUUUAUCCCGGCGUCAUGCUCCCCACCACCAGGCUUUCCCCCGGCAUCUUGCCACCCACCACUCACUAUCGCAGAUCAUAUCUGCACUCUAAUUCAGAGCAUCACUGCCAGAUCCAACAACAUCGUCAACAAGGAGCUGGAGAAGUGUAUCGACUCUUAUAGUAAGAGCAUCUGGGCUGACACUUUCUACUGCGAGUACAUGAAGAUGUACCCAUCACCCCAGGGGAUUGAAGCCUUCUCAUUUGAUGAGGAGAGAUUUUUAGUGGUGGCCAACAUAAUCGGCAGAAUAUUGCUGAACAAUCUCCAGCUGGAGAUGCUCCUCUCAGUGGAAGACUUUAAUGUGGAUGAAGUAGGGAGCAGUGGGUCUGUGGACUUGAACCUGGCGAUCCCAGAGACCCCUAACCCUGUCAAAGUGGUAGACAACACAACACCCCUGACCACUAAUCCAGUCCACCUUGAGGUUUUGGAUGAAACACUUGUCCUUCAGUCAGGCUUUUCCCCGGCACCCUGCACCCCACCACCUGAAUUUGCCCCAACACCCUGCAUUCCACCUCCAGGCUUUGCCCUGGCAACCUACACCUCGUCGCCAAGCUUUGUCGCUAAUGCCAUGCAGGGCUUUGGCACCAAAGUCAUCCUGAAACAAAUGGUCCUGCUAUUCUUGGAGAGGCUCCCUCCUUCGUCAGAGGACCUUGAGUCAGAGUUCCUGACUAUCACCGAUCGUAUCUGCACGCUGUUUCAAAGCAUCACUGCCAGAUUCCGCAACAUCGUUAAUGAGGAGCUGGAGAAGUGUACCGACUCUGACAGUAAGAAGUACUGGGCUUACACCUUCUACUGGGAGUAUAUGAAGAGGUACCCAUCAUCCCAGUGCCUGGGGAUUGAAGCCUUCACAUGUGAUGAGGAGAGAUGUUUAGUGGUGGCCAAAAUGUUUGCAAAGAAGAUGUGCCCCAAGAUGCUCCCCUCAGCAGCAGACUUCAACGAGGCUGAAGAUUCAGGCAGCAAUGGAUCUGUGGACUUGAACCUGGCGAUCCCAGAGACCCCUAACCCUGUCAAAGUGGUAGACAUCACAACACCCCUGACCACUAAUCCAGUCAACCUUGAGGUUUUGGAUGAAACACUUGUCCUUCAGUCAGGCUUUUCCACGGCACACUGCACCCCACCACCAGGCUUUUCCCCGGCACCCUGCACCCCACCAACAGAAUUUUCCCCAGCACCCUUCAUUCCACCCCCAGGCUUUGCCCUGGCAGCCUGCACCUCGUCGCCAAGCUUUGCCGCAAAUGCCACACAGGGCUUUGGCACGAAAGUCAUCCUGAAACAAAUUGUCCUGCUAUUCUUGGAGAGGCUCCCUCCUGCGUCAGAGGACCUUGAGUCAGAGUUCCUGACUAUCACCGAUCGUAUCUGCACGCUGUUUCAAAGCAUCACUGCCAGAUUCCGCAACAUCGUUAAUGAGGAGCUGGAGAAGUGUACCGACUCUGACAGUAUGCAGUACUGGGCUUACACCUUCUACUGGGAGUAUAUGAAGAGGUACCCAUCAUCCCAGUGCCUGGGGAUCGAAGCCUUCACAUGUGAUGAGGAGAGAUGUUUAGUGGUGGCCAAAUUGUUUGCAAUGAAGAUGUGCCCCAAGAUGCUCCCCUCAGCAGCAGACUUCGACAAGGCUGAAGAUUCAGGCAGCAAUGGAUCUGUGGACUUGAACCUGGCGAUCCCGGAGACCCCUAACCCUGUCAAAGUGGUAGACAUCACAACACCCCUGACCACUAAUCCAGUCAACCUUGAGGUUUUGGAUGAAACACUUGUCCUUCAGUCAGGCUUUGCCCCGGCACCCUGCAUUCCACCUCCAGGUUUUUCCCCAGGACCCUGCAUUCCACCUCCAGGCUUUUCCCCAGCCCCCUGCAUUCCACCCUCAGGCUUUGCCCUGACAUCCUGCAUUCCACCCUCAGACUUUGCCCUGACAUCCUGCACCGCAUCGCCAAGCUUCGCCGCUAAUGCCAUGCAGGGCUUUGGCACGAAAAUCAUCCUGAAACAAAUGGUCCUGCUAUUCUUGGAGAGGCUCCCUCCUACAUCAGACAACCUUGAGUCAGAGUUCCUCACUAUCAUGAAGAGGUGCCCAUCAUCCCAGUGCCUGGAGAUUGAAGCCUUCACAUGUGAUGAGGAGAGAUGUUUAGUGGUGGCCACCUUGUUUGCAAAGAAAUUGUACCCCAAGAUGUUCCUCUCAGCAGCAGACGUCGACGAGGCUGAAGAUUCAGGGAGCAAUGGAUCUGUGGACAUGAACCUGGCAAUCGCCAACAAAUUUGUCCCUAACCCUGUCAAGGUGUUGGAGUUGCUUCAACCCCUGUCACUUCCAGACAUCAAAAAGCCCUUGACCACUAUCCAUGACAAAGUGCUGGACAACACAACAACACCCCUGGUUGAUGACCCAGCUAAGGUGGACAACAUCACAACACCCCUGGUUGAUGCCCCAGUUAAGGUGGACAACAUCACAACACCCCUGGUUGAUGCCCCAGCUAAGGUGGACAACAUCACAACACCCCUGGUUGAUGUCCCAGUUAAGAUAGACAACAUCACAACACCCCUGGUUGAUGCCCCAGCUAAGGUGGACAACAUCACAACACCCCUGGUUGAUGCCCCAGUUAAGGUGGACAACAUCACAACACCCCUGGUUGAUGUCCCAGUUAAGAUAGACAACAUCACAACACCCCUGGUUGAUGCCCCAGCUAAGGUGGACAACAUCACAACACCCCUGGUUGAUGCCCCAGUUAAGGUGGACAACAUCACAACACCCCUGGCCACUAUUCCAGUCCACCUUAAGGUUACGAAUGAACCAGUUGACCUCCAGUCAGAAGAUGUUGUGGUCAUUAAACCAAAGAAAAGCAGAGUCAUGAGAUUCUUCCGUCGACUUUUCUGCUGCAUAUACGAAGAUGAUUUGAUGGUGUGAACCUGACCAGCUUUUCAGAGGAUGACUUCAGCUCACACACAAACACACGGGCGCGCACACACACAUAUACGCAUGCCCACACACACACACGCACACACACACCAGAUGUUGUUUAACAUGAGUUUCGCAUGUUAAAUAUUUCUCUAUAAUUUUUCCUCAUUAAAUAUUUUAUUAUGUCUUCA